UUUUAACAGCCGGUCGUACAGCGCACGGCUGCAUUCAGUUCUCGCAUCAAGUGCAACGUUGUGUAGAUUGUAGAGUGUAUCUUCACUUCCUCCAGAGUUUUCGCAGAGUGCGUUUUGUUAUUAAUACGAAGGAACCAAGGAUGGCGUCGAAAGUGAUACUGCUGGCUGGUGCGGUGCUGUUGGUGGCGGCCACCCUCGCGUCUGCCAAGUCUGUGCCGGAGCAGCGCACCGAUGUCGACCUGGCUGAGGUGGACUCGUCGAGCGAGGAGCGCCCCGGAACGAUCGAUCGCGUGAAGGACUUCUUCGGCGAUCUGUCCGUCAAGGUGAAGGAGGGCGUACAGGACGGGGUGGGUAAGGUGAAGGAGGGCGUCAAGAAGGGUGCAUCCAAGGCGAAGGAGUACGCCUCGAACGUGCGCGAGUACAUACGCGACAAGUUCAGCAGUGAGUCGAAGGAGGUGGAGAUCACAACACCUUCGCUGAAGAUUCUUGCGCGGAAGUAGACCAUGCACGCGGAUGCUGCACCACGCACCCCACCCCUAGGACCAUCGAUGCUGCCUAUCUCGUGUGCUAGAACCCUGUUCGUUCGAUGGGCUGCGGUCCAACCAUGACGGUCCCAAAGUCCGCAGUGAGGUUUGACGCGGCGUCUUCCACCAUGUUACCAAUGAAUAAAGUAUUUGUUUCUGUUGCUUGGCAA